CACAUUCGAUGAGCAAGAUAUGAUAACAGACCUUCAUUUUACGCACGUUUACGCAAACGCCAUACCAAACCACAAGAGCUUUCCCAAUGGAAUCAAAUACUGUGAUUUAUGGCGAAGAUUAUUAAAGUGAAGAUAAAAUGAAAAUAAAUGGCAGCCGAUUGAUGAACAGUUCUUCACUGAGCCCUUACGAGAUCACUCUGAAUCAUCCUCCCUGGGUUGCCACAACUUUGGGGAGCUUUCUGAUCUUCACUAUCGUGGUUGAUAUAUUGGGGAACCUAUUGGUGAUCUUCUCCGUGUACAGAAACAAGAAACUUAGGAACGCAGGGAACAUAUUUGUGGUAAGCCUGUCGGUAGCUGAUCUGGUGGUAGCCGUGUACCCUUAUCCUCUGGUGCUAGUGUCCAUUUUCCAUAAUGGAUGGAAUUUGGGCUUUGUCCACUGCCAGAUCAGUGGAUUCCUGAUGGGACUGAGCGUGAUUGGAUCUAUAUUUAACAUCACUGGCAUCGCCAUCAACCGCUACUGCUAUAUCUGUCAUAGUUUCAAGUAUGACAAGCUAUACAGUGACAAGAACUCUCUUUGCUAUGUCGUUCUCAUCUGGAUAUUGACUGUGGUCGCUAUAGUGCCAAACUUUUAUGUAGGCUCCCUGCAGUAUGACCCCAGGAUUUACUCUUGCACGUUUGCGCAGUCAGCCAGUUCGGCAUAUACCAUCGCCGUGGUGUUCUUCCAUUUCAUUCUUCCAAUUAUGAUUGUGACUUACUGCUACCUAAGAAUCUGGAUCUUAGUGAUUCAGGUGAGGAGACGCGUCAAACCGGACUUCCGGCCUAAGCUCACGCCGCACGACGUAAGGAAUUUCAUCACUAUGUUUGUAGUGUUUGUACUUUUUGCUGUGUGUUGGGCCCCUCUCAAUUUUAUCGGCCUGGCAGUCGCCAUGGACCCCAUUCGGGUUGGGCCUCUUAUCCCAGAGUGGUUUUUUGUAUCCAGCUAUUUCAUGGCCUAUUUUAACAGCUGCCUUAAUGCCAUAGUCUAUGGACUGCUAAACCAGAACUUCAGAAGAGAGUACAAAAAAAUUAUAAUUUCACUCUGCACUGCAAGGAUGUUCUUCCCAGAGAGUUCAAAUGAUGCUGUAGAGCGGAUCAAAAGCAAGCCAUCCCCAUUAAUGACAAACAACAACCAAGUAAAAGUAGACUCGGUAUGAAACCCCCAAAAAAGGGUACUGUGAAAGCAACACAUACCAAAAACA